UCGGUGCAGUGUUUCGGUCGCAAGAAGACAGCAGUGGCAGUGGCUCACUGCAAGAGGGGCAAGGGUCUUAUUCGCCUCAACGGGUCGCCGCUGGAGCUGGUGGAGCCUGAUACGCUCCGCGCCAAGGCGUUCGAGCCCGUGACGGUGCUGGGCAAGGACAAGUUCGCCAAUGUCGACAUCCGCAUCCGCGUGCAGGGAGGAGGACACGUGUCACAGAUCUACGCCAUCCGUCAGGCCAUUGCCAAGGCCCUCGUUGCCUACUACCAGAAGUCAGACGUGGACGAGCAGUCCAAGCGGGAGCUGAAGAACUUGUUGUUGCGUUACGACCGCACUCUCCUCGUUGCUGACCCCCGCCGCUGCGAGCCCAAGAAGUUCGGUGGUCGUGGUGCCCGCGCCCGCUACCAGAAGUCUUACCGUUAA